AGUAUAAGUAUUACAUUAUGUCGGACUCGGUCCAAAUAAAGGAAGAGCCUCAUUCAGACGAUGACAACGCAGCCGAGAGAGCAGAGUUCGGCGAGAAAGUAGUUAAAUGCGAGUCGCUAGAGAUUGAGAUUACGCCUGAUGUGCCGGGCGAUGUAGACGAUCCACUGGGCACAGAUGACACAUGCCACCAAGAAUCUACAUCUGCAACUGCAACCAAUGAAGAACCGGAAAAAACGUGGAACAUAGAAAUAUCCUCAGCAAAGCUAUACACUUGCACCAUUUGCAAAAAAACCUUCGAUAUUCUAGAUCACUUAAUAUCACACAGGCGAGCUGAACACGUGACGGAUGUGAAAGAAAAAUCUGUCUCCUGUGACUGGUGUGAUAAGAAGUUUAGAAGAAACUGUGAAUUAAACAAACACAUCCGUGUUCACACUAGAGAGAGACGCUUCGGUUGUGACUUAUGCGAGAAAAGAUUCAUCCGUAAAGAAGAAUUACAACUUCAUAGACAAUUACACUCUGGAGAGAAGCCUUUUUCAUGCGACGAAUGUGAUAAACAAUUUGCUGUCAAACAAUAUCUAACGAGACAUAAACUGACGCAUAAACAAGUAAAUUAUCCUUGCGAUGAAUGUGGAAAAGUUUUUACUGUUAAAAAGUAUCUAAACGUCCAUAAACGUACUCAUAGUGGUGAAAAACCGUUUGCGUGCGAUAUAUGUGAUAAACAGUUUACGUUGAAAGUUAAUUUAAAUAAUCAUAGAAAUAUACACACUGGGGACCGGCCGUUCUUUUGUGAAGUAUGUCAGAAACAAUUUGCGCAGUUAAGUUGCUUGAUCACGCAUAGAAAGAUACACACUGGGGAAAAGCCAUAUGCUUGUGAUAUAUGCGGGAAGCAGUUCGCUUUGAAGUGGCUGCUGGGUAGGCAUAAAGAUGUACACGCGCAGAUUACGUACCCUUGUGAUGUUUGUCAAAAGACUUUUACACAAAAGCGUAGUUUGGCCGUUCAUCAAAAAUUGCGUUGUGAUAAAUCUUGA